CUCACGAACGUCGCGAACCCCUUGAUCAUCUCCUCCUCUUACUCUAGGCGACGGCGGCGGAGUCGGUGCAGGCGCAAGGAGUGAAGGACUCAUCGAACUCUGGAUCUCGACAGCGAAGGCGUGCGAUGAAGCAACCUCCGGUUUUAGUCUUUGGUUCUUUUACCAAAGCCGAGUCUAAGUUCUUCAAGAAACAGUCAGUUGAAGAUGAUUCAUUUCUUGUAGAAAAUCAAGGAUUGCAGUUUGGAUCCUCAAAAUCUCGAAGUUUAUACAAAGGCUCUGCUAGUGAAACUAUAAAAGUCAAUUCAUCUGUAAAUUCAAAAGGUGUCCAAAUUUCAAAUUUAAUUGCAAACGGCCGAGCAUGCACUACUUCAUCAGCAGCUAAGUAUGAUAGAAAACCUGUGAAUACAAGAACCCAAUCAAAUGGAUGCACCAGUAGAUGUUCCUCCCACUCUAUAGGAGUUGCUGAAAAUGGGCACUAUAACUCUGAUUUAGCUUCUUCUCGAGAAUCUGAUCAUGGAAUUACAAGAGAAACUACUCUAGCAAGCCCAAAAGGUGGGUUCCAAGCAUCAAAAAACCAUAGUGUGCUUUCUGAUUCAGGGGCAGCUCCAACUCCCACAUUGGAAACUCUGGAAAUUACUAGUAAGAAAGAACAAGUAGUCGAAUGCUUAUUGCCCCGUGGACUAGUAAAUUCUGGAAAUAUAUGUUUUUUAAAUGCAACAAUGCAAGGACUUCUCGCCUGUGCACCGUUUGUUCAACUUUUGCAGGAGUUAAGGAAUCAAAGUAUCUCAAAGAUUGGCUUUCCGACAUUGCAUGCAAUUGUUGAUUUUAUAUGUCAAUUUGACAUGCCGGAUGAUUCAAGACUGACUACCAAUGGAAAGGGAGUUAUCAAAACUGGGAAGGCUUUUAGCCCGACUAUGUUUGAUGCUGUUUUAAAAGGUUUUACUCCAGACUUGCCAGCUGGAAUAUUUGGCAGGCAUAGACAAGAGGAUGCUCAGGAAUUCUUGAGUUUUAUCAUGGAUCAAAUGCAUGAUGAAUUGUUGAAGCUUGAUGGUCAUUUAUCAGAUUCUAGUGGGGGCAAGACGCCAAUUGUUUCUUCUGCUGAUGAAGAUGGCUGGGAAACUGUUGGACCAAAGAACAAAUCUGCAGUCACUAGAACUCAGAGUUUUGUUCCUUCACGGCUAACUACAAUUUUUGGGGGUCAGUUAAGGAGCCUUGUGAAGACGACAGGCAACAAGGCUUCAGCAACAAUUCAGCCAUUCCUUUUGCUCCAUCUUGACAUUUUCCCGGAUCAUGUUCACAGCAUUGAGGAUGCACUACGCUUAUUUUCUGCACCUGAAACUAUUGAAGGAUAUAAAGCAUCACAUGGCAAGGCUGGGGUAGUAAAUGCCAGUAAAUCAGUGAAAAUACAAACGCUUUCCAAGAUAUUGAUACUGCAUUUAACAAGAUUCAGCUACGGAAGCAAAGGAAGCACAAAAUUGCACAAGCCUGUCCAUUUCCCAUUAGAGCUUGAUAUUGGCCGCGAACUACUUGUUUCCCUGUCAGAGCGAAGAAGAUACGAGCUUGUGGCAACCAUAACGCACCAUGGGCGAGAACCAGCAAAGGGCCACUACACUGCCGAUGCAAGGCAUGGCUGUGUAUGGCUUCGGCAUGAUGAUGCAUCUGUUACGGCUGUUAAUACAAAAAAUGUCUUGCACGACCAGGCUUAUGUUCUUUUCUAUAAGCAAAUGUAGUGAUGCAUGUCCUAUUUAACUUGUUGAUCCGGUCUCCAAUUGCCAUUGUACAUGAAAACCGAGGUUGAGAUCGGAAUUAAUUAUGUGUUUGCAUGUAGAACUCUCAUCAGUGUUUGCCCAUGUUUGUUUAUUUUAACUGUGUAUCAUGAGUUGGGCAGGAUGGGAGCUCAUUUUUCCAUAGCAAAUGUAUACUAACCUAGAAACAAUUUGUACACACUUAUACAAGAGUUGUUUUUUUUAGUUUG